AUGAACGGAGACGACGCCUUUGCAAAGAGACCCAGGGAUGAUGCUAAAACAUCAGAAAAGAGAAGCAAGCAUCCCUGGAGACAAGUCUGUGACCUUGCACUCCAUUUGGUGACUCUCAGUCCAUUCUGGAAGGUGGGAAGAGAGCCAGACAGCAGCAUUAAAGCCCUAAUGUGUGCCACGGGAGAAGCUAGGGCCUUGGAUGAUAUUGCCACAUACUUCUCUAAGAAAGAGUGGGAAAACAUGAAAUACUCGGAGAAAAUCAGCUAUGUGUAUAUGAAGAGAAACUAUGAGGCCAUGACUAAACUAGGUUUCAACGUCACCCUCCCACCUUUCAUGUGUAAUAAACAGGCCACAGACUUCCAGGGGAAUGAUUCUGAUAAUGACCGUAACCGCAGGAAUGAGGUUGAACGUCUUCAGAUGACUUUUGGCAGGCUCCAGAGAAUCAUCCCGAAGAUCACCCCCGAGGAGCCAGCAGAGGAAGGAAAUGAUUGGAAGGGAGUGUCAGAAGCAUCUGCCCCACAGAACGAUCGGAAGCAGCUGUGCCCCCCGGGAAAAGCAAAUACUUCUGAGAAGAUUAACAAGACAUCAGGACCCAAAAGGGGGAAACAUGCCUGGACCCACAGACUGCGUGAGAGAAAGCAGGUGGUGAUUUAUGAAGAGAUCAGCGACCCUGAAGAAGAUGACGAGUAA